AUUUGCGAGUGAAGCAUUUGCGCUGGUGCAUCGAUUGUGUUUCAUAUCCUAUACUAAUACUUUUCCUUACAACAUGAUGAAUUCGAUGGGAAUGCACAUGCAACAGCCAGGAGUAGUUCCAGUAGGACCUGGAGGACCCGUCGGGAUUCCCGCCCCAGUAGGUGGUGUUGGUGUUUCGCCGGUCAUGAUGCAGUCCCCUCAAAUGCAGCAGCAGCAACAGCAGCAUGCAGCGCAACAACAACAGCAGCAAGCGCAAGCCCAGCAACAACAGGUCCAGCAAACAGAUAAAGUUGACAAUAUUUCCAAGGUUAAGAGCCUGGUGGUUCCAAUGAGGGAAGCACUAACGACAACGAUCAAAACAGCUGCCCAGUUACUGCAGCAGAAUAAUCUGAACGAUGUUGGGACGAAAGGAGGAGACAUGAAUGCUACCGGCUUAAGAUUUGAUAAACACCUGGAGGAAUUCUACUCAAUUUGUGACCAGAUAGAGUUAAACCUAAAAACUGCAAAACUUUGCAUGCAACAAGGUGCGUCUUCACAGCAGUAUCUGCCUAUUCCGGUAGCGCCGACCCAACCUAAUCCGGCCGAAACAAAUGCUCUCUCCUAUAGCCAAUACUUGGAUGUGGUGAAAAUACAGAUAGGAUACGCAAAGGAUAUACACGACACCCUUAUUUGUGCGGCCCAAAAUAUUUCCCCCAGCGAAUGAUAGAACUCGAACGAAUGCCUGUGAUAUGUCGACAAAAAUAUGAAUAAGUUUGGGUAAAAUAAUCUUCUAUCACAUAAUUCAAUAUGGCAAUAAAUUAUCAAAC